UGUUGCUGUCAAACAUCUGAUUUUUUCUCCUUUUUUGCGGAUUUGAUUUGAUUCGAAAGGCCUGCCACUCGCUCAUUGAAACCGAAUAAACCUAGCAUAAGCUGAAACAUUCAUUUUCUAUAAGCUUAUUAAUUUUUCACAAAAUUAAAUAAUGUCCACAUAAAAAGAAAAGGGCGCCACCAUGUGAUGUGUGGUUCUUCCAGACAGUCUGGUUCUGGGACCCUUUAGUUUCAGCGUUAAAACGAACAGGUGACACGACAUUCUAUAAGUGAGCAAAAAAAAACGUGAAAUCAAUUCAGUGAUUGUGAAAACUAAACAUUACUUUUUUGGGUCAGGUUGUUAUUAAUUUGCACUUACAAGUAGUUGAAGGUAACCACAGAAAGUGAACCCAAAGAUGCCAACAUCUCCAAAGCGUGAAGGAUACGAUUUCUGGGAGAAGACCCUGGGCAAACCUCGCCUCUUGGUGGCGCCCAUGGUUGAUCAGAGCGAAUUGGCAUGGAGACUUCUAAGUCGACGCCAUGGGGCUCAGCUUUGUUACACGCCAAUGUUUCAUGCAGCGGUGUUCUCACGGGAUCCUCACUAUCGUAGUGAGGCUUUGGCAUCGUGUUCAGAGGAUAAACCACUCAUUGUGCAGUUCAGUGCUAACGAUCCUGAUGAUUUUCUGCGUGCUGCUUUGUUGGCUCAAGAUCACUGUGAUGCCGUGGAUCUGAACCUGGGAUGCCCUCAGGCGAACGCCAAGAAAGGUCGAUAUGGAGCCUUCUUGCAAGAAGAUUGGGACGCAAUCUUUAACAUUGUUAGUCUUGCUCAUAAGCGCCUGGCCGUCCCCGUGACUUGCAAGAUUCGCAUCUUUGAAGAGACCAGUAAGACGAUAGAGUAUGCUAAGAUGUUAGAGAGAGCCGGUUGUCAGAUGCUGACUGUACAUGGCAGGACGAGAGACAUGAAGGGUCCAAAGACUGGCUUGGCUAACUGGGAUGUCAUUAAGGCGGUCAAACAAAAUCUGAGCAUCCCUGUAUUUGCAAAUGGUAACAUCCAGUACCUGAGUGAUGUGGAACGUUGCAUUAAAGAAACGGGGGUGGACGGAAUCAUGACAGCAGAGGGAAAUCUUUACAACCCCGCACUUUUUGAGGGAGUGCAGCCCCCUGCGUGGGAGAUGGCUGAAGAAUAUUUACAGCUUGUUCAGCAGUAUCCAUGCCCAAUGGCCUUUGUCAGGGGGCACCUCUUCAAACUUUGGCACCACAGCCUGACGGUCCACCAUGACCUUCGUGCCAGGAUGGCCAACGCAAAGACUCUUGAUGACUUCAUUAGCGUCAGUCAAGACUUAAGACUUGUCUGCGAGGAAGAAGCCAAACAAGACGUCCAAGAUGACGGUAAAGGGGUUCCACACUGGCGCUGUCAGCCCUACAUCAGACCAACACCUGAGGAGACGAAGCAAAGAAUGUUGGAGAAGAGUCUGAAACGGCCGCUGAGUGAAGGAAACGAACAGGAAAAUGAGGUUCCCUUCAUGUCCAAGAACGCUCUGAAGAAACUAAAGCAAUGGGGGACAGUACAUAAAAAGAAAGGACGGCAUUUUGAUCCAUGUGGUACGUGUAGCAACCCUCGUGGUUUGAGUUGUGUGUUCAAGCUAUGCAGAGCUUGCUGUAAAGACAAAGCACGACAAGCUGUGGAAGACUGCCCGAGUCACAGAUUUUUGUUCAAAACAAAGAUUGAGCGCAGGAAAUACUGGGAGGCUCAGCAAGCUGCCAAAGCACUAGAAAUGCAAACAGAAAUACCAACGGAGGAGCCUAGGUGUAGCCUCGCAGCUACCCAAGCUCCCAUGACUGGUGACCUCACAGCUACCCAAGCACCCAUGACUGGUGACCUCACAGCUACCCAAGCACCCAUGACUGGUGACCUCACAGCUACCCUAACAGACAUGCCCGGUGACCAAACAGCAGAAGCGAUGCAGGACAGAGUUGAAAGUGAACAUGAUGUGGCGGAAGACAUCAAUGAUGAAAGGGCGCCCUCUGGAGACCUACUGACCGUCUCAAACAUAUCUUCUGCAGUAUCGUGACAUCUUCGAAUCAUGGAGAAUCGAGUAUAUUUUGAAACUAUUUUUAUGGCGAGUUUUGAAGUUUUCAUUUUUAAAUGUGAAUUUCUUUCCCGCUUAAGCUGAUUCAGGAAAGUAUUAUUUUAAUAGUUUAAUAUUUUAAAAAUGUCAGGUGGGUCGCAACACUUUGUCAAAAGUGCUCAAAUUUAUUAUUUCAAUGCAAUUACUCAAAAAUAUAAAUUAUAAAAAAAACUUCUAUCCAUAUCUUUUGAAUGUGUUUGUUUUUAAGCUCUGGAGUAGCGCUGUUUUUGUAAAGAGUACAUUUUUACACUUUUUGUGAAGUUCACAGAUUUGUCAUUUAAAGUAAGAGCCGUUAAAAAUAUUGGUCUUACUGGUUGGAUGGUGUUGCUAACCAAAGGAAAAGGCACAUAGAUGUUCUGCAAUUGUUU